AUGAGAGGAAAACGCUCAAAGCAGUAUCGGAAGCUCAUGGAGCGCUUUUGCAUGACAUUUGGUUUCCGCGAGCCGUACCAAGUUCUCGUGGACGCCGAAAUGGUUCAAGACUCUUGUCGAUUCAAAAUGGAGCUGGCGCCGGCUCUUCAAAGGACAGUUCAUGGAACAGUGAAGCCAAUGAUUACGCAGUGUGAGAUUCGAAAACUAUAUGCGCAGAAAAACGAUGCCGUCGGCAGAGAAGCUAUUGAGGUGGCAAAGUCUUGCGAGAGACGGCGUUGCGGUCAUCAUCCGGACGAGUAUCCCGAGCCAUUGGGCACUCUGGAAUGCUUUCAAUCCGUCAUUGACCCCAAAGAUAGUGGGGAAAACAAGCAUCGCUAUGUCGUUGCAAGCCAGAACCAAGACCUGCGACGUAUGCUUCGCGCAGUACGAGGAGUUCCGUUGAUAUACAUCAAGAGAAGCGUCAUGAUCUUGGAGCCAAUGUCUGAUGAAAGCGCUCAGUUGCGGGCCCGUGAAGAAAGCAGUAAAUUCAGGGCAGGCAUCAAACCAACAAUCGGGAAAAGAAAAAGGGACGAGAGAGGGCAUACUGCUGAGGAUGCGGCAACUGUGGCCGAUGAUGAAGACGGGGUCGGCACCCUCAACGGACACAAUCUCUCAUCAGCGGCAUCCGCGAGGAAGAAGGCGAAGCGCCCAGGUCCAAAAGGCCCCAACCCUCUUUCCGUCAAGAAAGCGAAAAAGAAGGCUGAAGUGAGCAAGCAAAACAAGCUGUCCGAGGAAGGUCCAGUCAAAAGCAAAAGACGAAGAACAGCAAAGCCGGCCGACACACAAAGUGCCAACGAUACGCAGGGAGAUGGCACUGCUCUCGCAGAGCCCAAUGGCGACGAAAGCUGA